CCUCGUAAGGCGGAAGCGCAGGUGCAGCUCCGAAGCUAACAGUGCGAACAUCACAACAAGCGUAGUUACGUGAUUGUCCGAGAGACUUUCAUAUCGUCUUUUUCGGGCAACAUUUGGUCAGGCUGGACCCAACAUGACUCUGAACCAGAACCAUUCGGAGUCGGGCGGAGUUAUCGUCAACAACAGCGAAAGUGUGCUCAUGAACUAUGACCAUGUGGAGCUGGUCUUCAGUGAUGCUGACGGUCUCCCUGAGGCUUUCAGAAAGAGCAAGAAAGGAAGCGUUUACCUGACUCCAUACAGGGUGAUCUUCGUGGCCAAAGGUCGUGAUGCGCUGCGCUCUUUUAUGAUGCCUUUCUACCUACUGAAGGGUUGUGAAGUGAAGCAACCAGUCCUGGGGGCCAAUUAUAUCAAAGGCACCAUCAACGCAGAGCCAGGAGGUGGCUGGGAGGGCAGUUCCAAUUUCAAGCUGAUCUUCACUGCAGGAGGGGCCAUUGAGUUCGGCCAGCACAUGCUGCAGGUUGCUUCUCAGAUGUCCAAAGGUCAGCCAGUGACAGCCGGCUUUGGAGGCUGUCCCUACAUGGCCAACGGGGCCUAUGCCUACCCUCCUCCUCCCUCCAAUGGCAUGUACCCUGGUGGACCACCACCUGGUUACUCCUAUGCCAACCCUCCCCCAGCAGAUGGCUUCUACCCGCCACCCAUGUUUGACGCCUCAGCUGCCUACAUGCCUCCACCUCCCUAUUCCGCUCCUCUUGGCCAGCAGCCCCCACAUGACCCAGACCUCCCCUCUUCAGCUGCAGCGGAGGCCAAAGCUGCAGAGGCAGCUGCUAGUGCAACUGCUGCCACGUUACCACCUACGCACGUGUAUCUGCCGGAGGACAAACCCCCUCCAUAUUCUCCGCCUGAGGACAAGAAGAACCAGUAAACUGGCAACUGUCGUCUUGUGGGCAUCUUCUCUGAUCUCCUCCUGCUAACCAGAGACCACUCAUCUUUGUUGGUUUGGUUUGAAUCCUUUUUCAAACCAACUUUAUCCGGUAUAUUUAUCAUCAUGAUAGACUGUCUCAGCAUCCAUCGUCUUGCAAACAUUAGUUUAACAUUUGUAGCGACGUAGCUGAGCUAAACGUAGUGUAUUAUUUUUCUAUCAUUUGAGUGUACAGAUUCUAAUAUAUAUUGGUAAAUAUAUGAAGAAAUACUUUAAUAUUUUGUCAACAUGGCGAGAAAAGACAAAGCUUUUGUAACCAUGUCUGCCUGAGAUUAGAGCGUUGACUGCAUGAUCCUGGAUUAGAGGCGGGAGCGAGAAGGAUUAGCUUUUCUAACAUGCAAUUGCAUAACACUUGUGAUGUCACACAAGCAAUGGUUUAUGACAGUGUGGUCAGGGGCCUGCAGAAUGGACCACCUAACUGUGGUACUGUGUGCUACCAAGUGAAUUCAGCUAGUGAUUUUUCAAACGUGGACCAAGUCAGUUACCAAACUAAAACAAGUUUAUGCACCAUUUAACAUGUUGACUUUGUUUUGACACAACUAUCUUUUGUGUGUCUUUCAAUGACACUGGUUUUCAUGUCUUUACUUUUUAUUGUUGAAGGUGUUCCUGAGUUCAUUGUCACUUUUAGCUUUUUGGAAUUAGCCUGGAUGUCCUCUGUGUCCUCACUGUCAUGCCUCAGAUUUUAGAGGGCUCGCUGUCUACCGUUACGGGAAGUGGACCCCAAACCUCCUAUUCCUUCACUAAUCUGUAAUCUGUCUUUGCACUGUCAGAAUGCUGCAGCAUCCAUUUCCUCUGUGUGCAGAAUAAUCUGGAAAACCGACAGCACGAACUCAACUAAUGCAUGUGUGGGUUUCAUUAAACGCUGAUAGUGAACUCGUGUCUAUUUCUUGUGUCCGUGAAGAAAAACAGCUGACUUGUCAGAAGGUGAUUUAAUGUCACUCACUGUCAUCCAGUCAGGAUCGUAGGAAUCCACAUUUCCCAGACAAAUGCAUCACAACACACGCAAAAGUGCAUCUUCAUAUUCCAAACAAUACAUCAGAAAACAUUGACACAACGACAUGAUAAAUACAUAAAUAAUAAAUAAAAGAUUCCAUUCUCACUUCUUGGACAUGAUCUCAGCAAAUGUGUGCAUCAAUGUAAUGACAAUUCAAUAAUAGUAACAGCUUGUCUUAAAUUUUCAUCUUGUACUUUUGACCGUCUUUAUUUGGAUCCCAUUAUUUUU